AUAGCCGUUGCUACUAGGAGAACGCACUAAGUAAGCCAAAGGAUUCGGCGUGAUACGGACUCGCUCCUGUUCAUUCUGCUCCUUCAUCCUUUUAUUCUCUUACUUCAGCUGAUUCCUUGCUUAAAGAAACUUAAUAACCUGCUGCAUUUCAUUACUGGGACAUUGCGAGAAGUCGAACGUUUUGGAAAUAAGGGAUUUCACAGUCACAUCGGUGCGAUCGCAGCUGUGUGUUUGUUGCAACGUGGUGUGUGGGUGAUCAUACCGGCUUUUAUUUUGGUGGAAUCCCAUUCGGAAUCUUGCAAGUGAUACUCGAGUCUUCAAUCGACGUUUCACAUCGAGGGAUGCUGCUUUCAAAAAUCGGAUCUCUUGCUCAUAUGUACUCGACAUCAAGCGUGGAUAUGCCGGCGAAAAUUCAGUUGCAACAAGUGAAAGAGCGGGAGCCUUUUGAAAAGAUUUAUCAAGUUGGAUCUGUCCUCGGUAGCGGUGGAUUUGGAACCGUUUAUUCGGGCGUGAGAAUCGCAGACGGGGUCCAGGUUGCUAUCAAGCAUGUUGCCAGAGAUCGAGUGUCAGAAUGGGCUGAAUUGUCUAAUGGAGCGAGGGUUCCCAUGGAGAUUGCGCUUCUGAAGCGGGUGGGCGCGGGAUGCCGGGGUGUGAUCAAAAUGCUGGACUGGUUCGAGAGACCCGACAGCUUCAUCAUCGUCAUGGAGAGACCCGAGCACGUUAAGGACCUGUUUGAUUUUAUCACCGAGAAGGGAGCCUUGCCGGAAGACUUGGCUAAAAACUUUUUCCGCCAGAUCUUAGAGGCGGUGCGGCACUGCCACAACUGCGGGGUGGUCCAUCGAGACAUCAAGGACGAGAAUAUCCUGAUCGAUAUGAGAACGGGGGAGCUAAAGCUGAUCGAUUUCGGGUCGGGAGCCCUGUUAAAGGAUACCGUCUACACAGAUUUUGACGGUACCAGAGUGUACAGCCCACCAGAAUGGAUCCGUUAUCACAGAUAUCAUGGCAGAUCUGCAACAGUCUGGUCCCUUGGUGUACUUUUGUACGAUAUGGUGUGUGGAGACAUUCCAUUUGAACAGGAUGAGGAGAUAAUUCGAGGGCAGGUCCUAUUCAGGCGAAGAAUUUCAUCUGAAUGUCAACAUCUCAUCAAGUCCUGUCUAUCCUUGAGGCCUUCUGAUCGACCAUCCUUUGAAGAUAUUAUUAACCACCCUUGGAUGCAGAACAGUAUUGUUUCACAAGAUACUAUUGGACUAAGAUUGCACAGCCUGAGCCAAGAGUCAACCAGCAUUACUCAAGCAAAUUAGAACUCAUGAAACAAUGAACUGAUGCUCGCAGAACUAGUUUGCCUCACUUUGAAAGAACCAAAAAACUUGCCUGGUUGGAUUUGGCAGAUUCCAUGGCCUUUUUAUCAAAUCUAGUGAUUAGUGGGAGAGCUAAAGAAGAAACAAAUCCUAUCCACCUUCAUUCCAGUUGUCAUAAACUUGAAUCGUGCAUUACGACAAGUCUGACUCUUCCUCUUCGAGUGCCUUUUAUGACCACUGGAGAUCCACUAACUUAAAAUAAAUACUUGAACUUCUGCUGCUUCUGCGUAACUUCUUUUCGCACAAUCCUCAUAUACACACAAACAAGACUGGUCUAGUAAAGCCACUACUUUUUGUUCGUAUCUUGGUGUAACAGAUGAAGACACCAUGUCACAGGAUCAUCACCACUAAUCGGAAAGGAAUUGACCUCAAUCAACUCUUGUGCAGUCAGCUUGUCUAAUACACUUAGUAUGAAGCCAAGGCAUUUUCAGAGCAUCAUCAUCAAUGCACAACCAAUGCAAUGAAUGGACUCUAAAACUUUUGUACAUGUGCACAUAUGUAGAUAACAUGCAUAAAUAUAUAUUAAAUGUAAAUAUCUUUUUGAAGUACUGGUUACAACAGCAUUUGUUGGCUCUGUCCUGUUUACCUGUUUAUUUAUUUGAGUGAAGUUGAGUUUUUUUAAGCAGAUAUAUUAUAUAAAAAGUUUUGACUCGUGGGUUGAUUUUUAUUUAUUUAUUUAUGGACAACUCCCUUCCAGCAGACUUGUUCAUUCCACAAUAAUUAUUUGGUCAAAUGAAGACCCACGAAUUUUCUUAAGAUCUUGUCAGACUUUUAUUCAGUUCACUCUGUUUACAGCCAAAAUAAAACGGUGAUGUCAAUAAAACAAAUUCCAGACUUUGUAAAUAUUACAUUGGGAAAUUCUGUUAAAUGCAUGUUGUACUGAAUAUGUAUUUAAUGUCUAGACCAUGUUUAGGGAUGGGUGGGAGGGAUUUUUAAAAAAAUGCGUCCCAUGGGCUUGUAAGGGUUGAUUAAGAUACCACUGCAAAAAUAAUUUUGUUCUUACUGUACAUAUCUUUAUGGUUAGUUGCAUGUAUGCAGCUUGGAGUCUGAACUGUCAUUUCAUUAGAUCUGUAAAUUAAAUAGAACGGAAGAAAAGUUAUUUUUAUACGACAUUUCAAAUAAAAUUAAA